AUGUUCCUCAUCUUUUUUCGUCAUCUACUCACCGCCUCCACCUUCCAAUUACCUUCCACCGCUUCAGAUCCAAGAUUUUGGACUAUCUUCCUGUCGACUAACAAUAACAAAACCAAAGGCAUUCUCUAUCUUCAUUUUUUUUCCGAAGACGGACCUCCCUUCAAACUAGAAGCCGAUUUGUUCUUCAGCUGGAGAAGAAGCCCAACUGUACAUCCCCACCGAUAUCGGCGAUUUCUCGCUCUAGUAGAUCAGUCUCCCUGCCAUCCGUUCUUCCCAGUUCGAUUAGGGGACCAAUACGUGAAUCAGCGAGAAUCCAAUCUCCUUUCUUCAUUCCACAACCUAGAAAUCACAAGGAAAAGUGGGAAAGGAAAGAGACCUAGAAAGGUUGGAAAUAGAUUCUGGAAGAGUGUCGGUCUUCAAUUCAAAGACACCAAGAGAAGCUAUCAAAGGAAGGAGGACUAA